AUGAUUAUCGAAAUUAAAAGGAUUUCUCAUCAAAAUUUUUGGAUAGAGAAUUUUAUGACUCAAAAGAUUCUAAUUGAAAAUGAAGUUGUGACUUUAAAAGAAGCUUUAAAAGUAAUAAGUGAUUAUAGUUUUGAGUAUUCGACUGAAUUAGACAUGAAUGUUGUGUUAAAAGCUGCAAAAGCUCUUUCCACAGCUCAGAAAUGUAAAUAUUCAGACUUAAUUAUCCAUACAUUUCGUAUUUUUUUUAAUAUAUUUUCAUCAUGUCGAAAACUAUCCAUUGAUAAUUUAAAAAAUGAUAAUGUACCGCUGUCAAAUACAAUAAAAACCUCUUUAUAUAAUAUUAUAAAACUCACCAUUGAACUCAAAACAUAUACUACAAGAUUUAUAUUUAAUAUAUACCAUUUUAUGAAUUUAAUUCCGACUUUAAAGUCUACUGAUCACACAUUAAUAAAAUCUUUAUUAUCCAUUAAUUUAAAUUUAGAUCGCAUUAAAAGCUAUAUAGAUCAACAUCAGGACGAAGCAAGUGAAUUUGAUUUAUUACACUUUGUCCAAAAAGUAAUUGCUCAAAUGAUAAACGUAGUUGAACGCUUUAGGUGUAAACAAUGUUAUAUUGAAAAUUACUAUGAUUUAAUUUCGUUAGUAAAUAAUAAAAUAACUUGUAUAAAACUAAACAAUACAGAUAAUAACAGUGUUGGUCGUUCAAUUGAAGAAUCAAUCGAUAAUUUAAAAAAGUUUUUUCAUGAUCCAAGUUAUUUGAUUAAUGAUAUUCCGUUUUCUGUGUAUAUGUACGAUCAAAAAUACAUGUUAUUAGAAGAUAUAUUUGAAAUUAAAAUAGACACAUCUUUCAUUAUUCCCGAUUUAAUUGUUGAAUGGAAGAAUUCUACCAAAUGGCCAACAUUAGGCAAUGUAUUAAAGGAAGUUAAAAGUACUUACAGUCUUCAAAAUAUAUUUGAAUAUCAAGUAUUUUUAAUUGAAGUAAUAAAAAGUGCUUUUUACAUAAAAUAUAUGAAAAAAGAGCUAAUAACCUCAACUGUAGACAUUGAAAAAUCAUUAAACGAAUUUGAUGCAUUUAUUAAUAAAAUGAUACCCAAAAAUUAUCCUACAGACCUGUAUGGUUUGAUUAAAAAAUUAAGAAACUCACUAUAUAACUAUCUAGAAUUGUCCAAAUCUACUUCAGUGUUACCUCUUUCCAUUUUUUCCGUCCAACAAUUACGUAAAGUUCUGAUUAACACAUCAUGGGUCCACAAUGAAAAUUGUGAAGAAUCUAAUAUAAAUACAACUAUAGAAAGUCUACCGAUGAAUGAACUAGUGUCAAGAAUUGUUAAACUGGAUAAUUUCAAAGUAUUUAUUCAAAUUUUUGAAGAGCUCUCCUAUGAAUCAAACACGCUAAGUGAUUAUGAUAUACAAACAGUAAGUAAUUUAAAACCUAUCAAAAAGAGUGAUAAUAUACCAGCAUAUUGCAAACAUUUUUCAUUCCUCCGAGAAAAAUUACUGUUAUUUCAAAUAUUAAUUGUUGGCUUUCAGCAAGCUUGUGAUAGUCAAGAAGAAGUUGAUGAUUCAGAUGUCAAAAAAGCAAAGCUGUUUAUUUUUGAAAUUCUAAUGAAUUUAUUCCAAACGUAUACAAAUUACGAGAAAUUUAAAAAGAUUAUUUUACCUUUAACGAUUUACUUUAAGUAUAAUGAUGAAACAAACGAGAAUUUAAAAAUAUUGCUUCAAGUUUUAUUUUUGAAUAUUAAUAUUAUAGAACAUUUUGAAUUAAAUCAUUGCGACUUAGUGGAAUACAGUAUUGAUGUGUAUUAUAAUAAAAUAGAGUUUGUUUUUGGACAUUUUACUCAUAAUUUUUUAGAACAAGAGAGAUGCAAAUUGGAUAAGUUAUUGUGGGAUAAUAAAAAUGAAAUAAUGAAAAAUAUGAUAAAUACAAGUUAUUAUCAUAUAAAGGACGAACGAAGAGAUAUUCAUUUAAUGGCCGUUGAUCAAUUUAUACGAACUGUAGAUUUUAUUAGUAAUAAUAUCAGUGAUAAUCCCGAUCAAGAUGUUUCCGUUCGCGUUUUUCUCUGGGAUGGGUCAAUGGAAAGUGUUGAAUCUGUUUAUUCAGCUAUAACACGAUGUGUAAUCGAUUAUCAGUAUUUAGUCAGACAUCAGUGUUCCAUAAUUAAAUGGUUUGUGUCACUAGUUGUAGAAUAUUUUUUAAAAAUUAAUCAAAUAUAUAUUAAUUUAAAGAAACAAAAUAAAUAUACACAGGCGAUUGAGUUUGAAAAUAAAAGAACCAAAAAAUAUCUAACAGAAUUUGAAGAAAUUCCUUUUUCCAAGUCUAUAAACAUUUAUCUACAUAAUAUUUUGAAUUUUUUCGAAAAAUCAUUCGACGAUUUCAUGGACAAAAAUACUGAAAGGUCAAUGUUAUUGGUGAAUAUUGAUCAGUUUACAUUAAGUCAACCAUCAUACGAAGAAAAUUCAACCUCGUUAGUAGAGUUGAAAAAUAUGAAUAAAAUAAUUAACAAUAAUAUCCUUUUUUUACACAAUGUAGUACAAAACUUAAAUGAUAAUAAAUAUAUUUCUACAGAUGUACAAUUUUCCACAUGUAUUUAUGUAUGA